CAUUAGAUCCUCUUGUACACUUGAGUCAUAUAAAAUUAUAUUCAUUGAUGAGUUUGUAGUGAUUUUAUCAUUUUUUAAUGGUUUUUCGGUAAAACCUGUCUCUAAGGACAUAUAUUAUGAUAUUUAAGUCCUCCUAGUUUUUUUUAAGGCUGAGUUUGACCCGUGGUGAUGUCUAGUGAUAGUGAACUCCAGUCAUUGCUUGCUUGGUUUCUUCGCUUUUAAUUCCCUCUGUGUCAAGCAAUCGUCUCAAUUUUCCUCUUGACCUUUGAUAGCUCUAUUCCUUCACUAUGAUCGAGGUCUCUGCGAAACUCAUCGGGGGCCCAAUCUUCAUGCCUGGUGAAACUGUAGGCUGCAGCGUUACUUUUACCAACCCUCCAGUUUCUACAGACAAGAAGUCCCACUGUAAUUCGGAAGUUCUAGAGGUCCUUGCCUGGGCCAGCGCUCAAAUUCACUGCUUGUGCUCAACAAAUGAUAAAAUUUCCGUCCCUAGGAUAAAAGAAACGUCACCUGGUGCCACAUCCGUGAUUAACUCAGAUACUUCUUUCAUGCCAUGUCAGGGAGACAAAGGUCAAGUAGUUUUUUCAACUACUCCUAGAAUCCUAUUUUGUGAUCUGAGUCUUUCACCCGGAGAAAGUAAAUCUUAUUUAUAUUCAGAAGUUUUGCCGAGUGAAUCUCCUCCGUCUCAUAACGGUCAAUUAACCAGAUACUCGUAUAAAAUUACCAUUGGAACCCAAAGGGUAAACCAACCAAUUAAAUCACUAAGGAUACCAUUCAGGGUACUUGUAAUUCAAGGGUAUUUAGAUAUCAGCGGAUGUGAAGACAGCAUCGAUUUAUCACCCAGUAACCCAUUCCUAGAGAAAAAGGAAACAGAGCAAGAGUUAGGCCCUGCUUUACAAAUGGUGCAAAAUAUUACUGCCAGGAGGACUCCCAACUGUUACAAUGUAACGAAUCCUCGAGGUCAAGUUGCUCGGUUCUGCCUCUACAAGCAAUGCUACAAACUAGGUGAAGACAUCAUUGGAAGCUUUGAUUUCUCGAAUUCAGUCGUGCCAUGUGUCCAGUUCACUGUUACGCUGCAAUGUGAAGAGACACUAUCGGAUGAGUACAAAUCAUUUGCCCGGCAAGACAAAGCAAUAUCAGGUUUUAGCAAUUGCCAUCAAGUUUGUUUGUACAUGAAGUAUUGCACUCUCAAUUUACCGAUUCCUCGGCAUGUCACACCCAUGUUUUCUACACAACUAGUGGCGGUAAAUUGGAGGCUACAUUUCGAAUUCGUAAUUUGCUCAAAGGAUAGAGACGAUAUGUUGUUGAAAGAUGGAACCUGGCAGGGUCCAAAAUCUCUUGACAUUGAAACCAUGGUGUGGGAUUUACCAAUCCAGGUUUAUCCUGCCGCUCCUACGCCUGAUGUUCAUGCGCAGAACAAACACACAAUGGUUUUUUAAAACUAGAAACUCAACUUAUUCCCAGUUUUCCUCUCUAACCUGGAACUUUCUCAGUCAACAUGUAAGUAAAUUCUGAGUUCAUUUGGACUACAUUUUGCAAUUGCAAACUACUACUUCUAGCCCAGUUCACAAACAAGGCAUGUGCCAUUUGUUUCCCCACGGAGAUAGGUGUUUUGACGGAUGAACCAAAAAUAGUAGUUUCCAAUUGAAUCGGUCAUUCUCAAAAAGACGUUAGGGGCACAUAAUCGAAACUUGAGUUUUUGAUGGUCCUGUUGUGUUUAGACAUAGAUGCACCUUUUAACGUAACGAACAGAAAAAUGGACAACAUCUGAGAACAUCCAAGAAACAUCUGAAAUGUCCAGUCACAAGACGAAAGCGUCAAAUCGCUAUGUAAGUAAUCGCUUAUCUUGAUUUGAUCCAAUUCGAAUCUCUUACUCAAUUACCUCAAAGUUUCUAGAAUGAGGGGAUAAAUAUUUGUUCUUUCAGGUCAAGGAUGUUGCUGUUUUUAGAUUUAACUAAGUCUUAGCACUUGUUAUCAAUCAUCAGUAAGUAGGUGAAAUAUCGUUGUAUUUUAUGUAGAGAAAGUGUGAAUGGAAGUUUUUGGGCAUAUUACAGCUUGAAAUACUAAAAUUUUGAGUUUAAAAUAGGGAAACAGGUUGAAAUAAUGUUGAUCGUUCUCAAAAGGACUCAAAUGCCAAUUUCUGCUUUCCACUCAAAUGGAAGGAAAAUUUCUACAAGAACCACAGUCCGAUUUUUAAUUGUAAUCUUCUCAUAUAGAUGGAGAAAAAUAAAUGCAUUAAUGUAUUUAUUUUUCUGACCUCUGAGAUGUAGAAUGGAUUUUUUUUUUAGUACGACCGAUACAAUUGCAAAAUGUAGUCCAUGUCUUAUCUAAAAUGAGAGAGUACAACUCAUAAAAUCUUGCAGGGAAGAAUUAUGACAAAAGACCUUUUUCCUCUGUUUCCGAGCGAAUCUAGUGCCAUAACAGGAUAUCAGUCAGAAGUUUACACAUUUAGAGAAUCCAGUAAUUUGCAGGUGCCCAUGUAAAAUUCAAUCGGGGUGAAUAAUAUUCCCUACUGAAAAUCUCAAAGAAAUCCAUACACUAUUUAAAUAUUUCUGCCCUUUGUAAGAUGACUAGCUUCGGAAGCUUGCUAAAGUUUUAGAAAACUUCAGAUAUUUAUGCAGUAAAGAAUGACUAAAGCCCACAAACAAACAAAAAAUUGUUCUUUCAGACCAAAAACUUUUCAAUGACCUCAAGUCCAGUCCUUGCGGUUAAGUGUUCUGCCGUGCUAAGGAAGAAUGCCGUAUGAGCCCUCAGGCGUUGCUGAAUUUCCUUCGACAAAUCACUAAUUUUCAAAAAAGUAUGUGAAUAUUUUUCUUCCGAUAUCUCAGGUAAUUUUGCUUGCCAUUUGAUCUGAAAGUCAGCAAAUUUCAAUGAAAAAUAGUGAUAAUUUUUCUCUAAAAUAAACAUUUUAUCGGAGAAAGUUUGGCCACUCUCGAAUGUUCGUACAGCAUUCUUCCUUAGCACGGCAGUAUUGCUUAAACCUUUGCAUAACUCAUUUAAUGCAACACAUAACUUUAAACACCUAAAAUUAGUCCAAUGCAACAAUGUUGUGUAAAGAAUCAAAAAUAAUGUGCUGGACUGGGCCUUACGUAGGUCUUACUAGCUUGAGUCAUCUGUUAAGUUGUAAGCAAGCUCUCCAACUGACUAAUCCUGCUGAGAUUUCGGUCAUAUUUAUGAGAUUUGCGGACAGCUGCACCCAAAAAGGGCUUAUGUUUUUAUUUACUGAAGUGAACAACAAACUAAAAAAACGGGAAAAUCUCUAUUAGCAGGCAGAAAUUUCUGUUCCCGCUUUCUGCCAAUUUGAUUGCAAAAUUGAGAAUUUUAUUGACCCCUAGAAUUUACCGGAAAGAAUUGAAAUUUUCCUGGAUCAUUGUGCUAACUCACUGCGAUAGUCUUUAGAAUCAAAAUUUCUGAGCAAAAAUUGACUGGCUACUGGUGAAUUUUUGAAGCAAUACUAAUUUAAGGCUGAUAGUUUUAAGAAAUUUCAAUUGUUAAAUAAUUGUUGAUGUUAAGAAGCAUUUAUUUUUUAUAUCAUUUUUUGAAUGAUUAAGAUGAACAUUAAAAACUCAAUUUCCAAUCGUU